AUGCAGGCCAAAUACAGCAGCACGAGGGACAUGCUGGAUGACGAUGACACCACCAUAAGCCUGUAUUCUGGAGCUUCCACUGUCACCAGACGUGCAGAGCCCAGACACUCAGAGAAUGAGACUCCCUCUUCAGUUUGGCGCCCUGUGGCCCUGACCCUGCUGACCUUGUGUCUGGUGCUCCUCAUUGGCCUGGCGGCCCUGGGCCUUGUGUUUUUUCAGUUCUACCAGCUCUCCAAUACCCAGCAAGACAGCAUCGCUGAACAGGAGGAAAGGCUGGGGAACCUAUCCCGACAACUGCAGUCCCUCCAGAGCCAGAACAGGAGACUAGUAGACACUCUGCAGAACGUAGCUGUCAAACUAUGUCGUGAACUUUACAACAAAAGUGGAGGACACAGAUGCAGCCCUUGCCCAGAAAAAUGGAAGUGGCAUGGAGACAAAUGCUACCAGUUCUAUAAAGAGAGUAAAAGCUGGCAGGGUUGUGAAUAUUUCUGCCUGACUGACAAUGCCACCAUGCUGAAGAUAAUAACACAGGAAGAGCUGGAUUUUGCCAUGCCUCAGAGCUACUCUGAGUUUUUCUACUCUUAUUGGACAGGGCUCUCCCGCAAUGGCAGUGGCAAAGCCUGGCUGUGGACAGAUGGGACGCCUUACUCCUUUGAAUUGUUUGAGAUUAUAAUCGAUCCCACCAACCUAAGAAACAGGGACUGUAUGACCAUCUUCAAUGGAAAGGCUUACUCAAAGGACUGCAAAGAGCUGAGGAGGUGUGCCUGUGAGAGGCUGGCAGGGUAA